AUGUCCCUGGGGGACUUUCUGACUGAUUCUGGUUUUGGUGGUGGCUCGUGGGCUGAUGAGGUCGAGGAGACUUAUGUUACCGGCACUCAGCCUCUCCCCUCGAGCGACCGACCCCGCCCUGGUGGCGCUGUUUCGUCCUGGCAGGACCGAGGCUAUUCUGUUCGCGAAAGCGCUCCUCAGACGCUUCCCGACCGCCCACCCUUCACUGCCCAUCUCGGCAACCUCUCUUACGAGGCAACGGUUGAGUCUGUCACCGAUUUCUUUGCCGGAAGUGAGAUUGUUAGUGUUCGAAUCAUUGAAGACCGCGAAAUGCAGCGCCCCAAGGGCUUCGGUUAUGUCGAGUUCACCGACCUUGAAGGCCUCAAGAAGGCCCUUCAGCUCGAUGGCGAGUCUUUCCAGGGACGUAUGAUCAAGAUCAAGAUUGCCGAUCCUCCCCGUAGUGGUGACAGCCGCAUGGACUCUUCCCGCGACCUUGGCGACUGGACCCGUAAGGGUCCCCUACCGGAUCUUCCCGGCCGUGGUGGCAGCCGCCAGCCCUCCGAUUUUGGUGGUGAGCGCAGAAUGCGCGAUCCUGCUCUCGAGACGAGCCGCGGCCCUGCUCGCGAGAUCAAUUGGGAACGUCGUGGACCCCUCGCCCCUCUCCCACCACAAGAAUUUGGCGGUCGCGAUGGCAGCCGUCCUCCUCGCCCUGCCCCCGAGGGUAUGGGUGAGCGCAGUGAAUCGUUCCGUGGCCCUCGCCCUGACCGACCCGAGAGAACGGAGAGAAGCCCCACUGCCGCCGAAAAAGAUUUCCAAUGGCGCGACCGCAUGCGCCCAGACGCUGGAAAGCAGUCGCCCUCCCAGGAGGGAGGCGAGGAUGCUGCCACUCCCGCCCCCGCGGCUUCUGCUGCUGCCACUCCCACUCCCGCUCCCGCUCCCGCGCCUGCCAGCCGUCCGCGUCUCAACCUCCAGAAGCGUACUGUUACCGAGUCCGGCGACGCUGCCGCUCCCACUGGCGAUUCCAAGGCCAGCCCUUUUGGUGCUGCCCGUCCCAUUGACACCGCUGCUCGCGAGCGUGAACUUGAAGUGAAGCGCCAGCAGGCCAUCCAGGAGAAGCGCGAGGCUGAUGAAAAGGCCAAAGAGGAGCGUCGUCAAGCGAAGCAAGCUGCUAAGGAGGCUGAGGCUGAGGCUGAGGCCAAGCCCAAGCAGGACGCUACUGAGGUCAAACAGGACGCCGGCGAGGCCAAGCAGAACGUCACUGAGGCCGCUGAGGAAGGCACCUCUGUAGCUACCGAGACCAAGGAUGCCGAGCCGAAGCAAAAUGGCGGCGAGAAGCAGCUUCCCGUGCGUAACCGUGAGCCUCAUGAGGCUAAAGAGGGUGCUCACAACCACAAGCCAAGGGCAGCCGAGGCUGGCAACUGGAGAUCAGCCUCUGGUGACCAGCGCGGCCCUCGCGGUGGUGGCCGUGGUGGCCGCGGCGGCGCUCCCCGAGGCGGUCGCAAUGAUACCCGUGGACCACGUGCCAACGGUGCCAGCGCUCAGCAGAGCGCUGCUCCCUCCGAGGCCGGCGAUGCCACUACUGUUGCCGAGGAUGGCUGGACCACUGUCAAGAAGGGACGUCAGGGACGUCCUUGA